AUGGUCGGUGCUCUCAACAAGCUUCCGAUCGCAGUCAGUGGGCUCGUCUUUUUCGACGCGCCUGUCAGCGUCCCGAGUGUAUCUGCCAUUUUCGUGGGUUUCGUUAGUGGCAUUGUCUACGCUUUAGCGAAGGUCAAGCAACAGACGCAAGCUAAGACGGGCUCCCUACCUACUUCAAAUGCAUCAUCGCAACUCCCGCAAAGCCAGCAAUCAACGCUUCCGUUCAUACAAGGCUUCCUUCUUGGCCAGCUCUCAAUCGUCGUCUUCAUUGGCGCAUUCAUCAAAUUCUUCGUCUUUGGAGAGAUCCCCUCUCAGGACUCGAAAGCGUCUUCACGCCAACUAGCUAGACAGCAGACACAGCACCAUGUCCGUUCCAACUCUCUCAUUUCGGCGUCGCCUCGAAGUGUGAAGACGCAGCGCUCCGGCUCUAGCGUCCACCGAUCUCUACCGCGCCUGAGUGCCGCUACAAUCCUCUCCAAAACAUACUACAACGUAGAUUCGCACCAGCCCGAGUCUCUCGACUGGUUCAAUGUGCUCAUAGCACAAACUAUUGCUCAGUUCCGCGACGAUGCAAACGAGGACAAUGCUAUUCUAACCUCCCUGACCUCGAUCCUCAAUGGCCAGCAAAAGCCAGAUUUCCUCUCGGAAAUUAAAGUGACAGAAAUCAGUUUGGGCGACGAAUUUCCUAUCCUCAGCAAUUGUCGAGUGCACCCUGUGGAUCACGGUGAACAAUCUGAAGACGCUCGACUCCAGGCCCGUAUGGACGUCGAUCUCAGCGACUUCAUUACCCUCGGUGUCGACACAAAACUCAUACUCAACUAUCCGCGCCCUACUACAGCAGUCUUACCUGUCGCUCUCGCAGUUUCUGUGCUUCGCUUCUCAGGCACACUAUCCGUUUCCUUCUCUCCCUCAUCGACGACACCUUCGCCAUCAAGCACUUCCUCGCAGCCGCAGCCAUCCACGCAGACGCCAACCUCUCUUGCCUUUUCUUUCCUUCCGGAUUAUCGACUUGAUCUGAGCGUCCGCUCAUUGGUCGGGUCAAGAUCGAGGCUACAGGACAUACCAAAGAUUUCUCAAUUGGUGGAGAGCCGUUUGCAUCAGUGGAUUGAUGAGCGGUGCGUAGAGCCAAGAGUACAGCAUGUGGUCUUGCCGAGCUUUUGGCCGAGGAAGAAGAAUAUGCGGGGUCCUGGAAGUGAUGGCGGGGCGGAACUCGGUAGUGAGGUAAAAAAGGGCACAAUGGUGGAUGGCAACGGGGAUGCAGGAGGAAUGGAAAGUAAGGAUUUCGCCGAGGGGAGAAAUGGGCAAGAGGGGCAAAUAGAGAGCGAAAGGUCAAAGUUUGAGGAAGGCUUGAGAUUGAGGAGGAAGGAGUAUGAGAUGCCUGGGUCGAUGCCGGGCAUGAUGGUGAACUGA